AUGCCCAUGCAAAGCACUAGUACAAAUUGCUGGUAUAAUAUCACGCCAAGAAGGGCGAAGCUCGAAAACAAAGGGGUAUCCCAUUUCCUUAGUCCUUUUCAUACUGGCACGCCCCCUCGGCAACGGCCGGGCUACUAUGACAAGAAGUAG